GCAGGCGGAAGUCCCGCCUCCUCUUCUCCAGUGACGGACUGAAGCGCGCUGUGAGAAGAACCGAGCGAACCGAACCGAGCCGAGCCAGCCUCCGCUCCAGCAGCAUCAUGGAUACGGAGCUGUUCAUGGAGUGUGAGGAGGAGGAGCUGGAGCCAUGGCAACAGGUGGACGACAGCGUGGAGGAAGACGACAUGGAGUUCAUGGAGAGCUACUGCGAGCCGGUCGAGGAUUCUCUCUCUCCUCUUCCUGCCUCUGAGACUCCACCCCCAAACUCUGCUCCGUCCAGCACACCUGCUCCCACAGCUCGUUCUCCACACAUCGUCUCCCCCUCCAUCAUGCCUCCCCCCUCCUCUUCAUCUUCAGUUUCACACCUUACACCUGCAGUCUCAGCACCGCCCCUUGUGGCUCAGGCCCCGCCCCUCAUCCUGACACAGGCAGCGGGUGGGACCUUCCUCCUCCCAGCGACGCCGGGGUCGGGUAACACCCAGCCCAUCCUGCUCACCACACAGGGUUUCCCGGUUAUGAAUCAUGGCGCCCCCCUGGUGUUGAACCUGCAGCCGGCUCAGACGGUGCAGCCCGUCACGCUCAUCCAGUCUCGAUCGUUGGCCCCAUUGGUACGCCCCAAUGUGGGUGUGUCCCCGAUCCUUCCGCAGGGCCAGGCCGCGCAGACCAGAACAGCCUCUGCCCCCUCAAGAGGCCACACCCAGCCUGGAUCCACGUUCACGACCAUGCAGCUGCCCACCUCACUAACCAUCCGUACCAGCACGCCACGACCCGUUAACCUUCAGGUGGGUGGGGCCAAUUCCCUUAAGCUGGGCGGUUCUCCUGCGCUUCCCUCUGGCUCGGCCAAUGGCGUCUCCAGAGUGAUGUCAUUCAACAGAGCUCCUGGCUCCGCCCCCUCUGUCCUCACGACCUCCAGUGUGACCUCGGCGCCGAUGUCCAGCCCACCAAAGGUGGUGAUGAGCGUGGAGGAGUUCUAUUACGGGACGUACGAAGGCGACCUGAGUCUGAGGAAGCCACACCCACUGGGGAUCAAAACAUCCACCUUUACCUGCCAGAUCUGCAACCACCUGGCCCAGAACAACCUGAGGUUGAUGCAGCACAUGCUCCUUCACUCUGAGCUGGCCGGAGGAGGAGGAGGAGUAGGAGGAGAUGAGAGAAGGAAGUGCUGUAAGUUCUGUUUCCGCCAGUUCUCGUCUCCGGCGCUGCUGAAGAACCACCAGGAUCAGGUGCACGGCCCCACCCAGUCUUCCUGUAUGUGUCGUAUUUGUGAGUGGGCAUUUGAGAACGAGCCGGCCUUCCUGAACCACAUGAAGUCCAGCCACAAACCAGGAGAGAUGCCGUAUAUCUGCCAGGUGUGCUCGUAUCGCUCCUCGUUCUACUCGGACGUCCUGCAGCACUUCACCAGCUUCCACAGAGACUCUCGCUUCCUUCUGUGUGUCUUCUGCCUGAAGGUGACCAGGAACCCCACCACCUACCAGCAACACCUGCUGAGACACCAGGUGAGCCAGGCCUUCCACUGUAACCGCUGUCGUCUCCAGUUCGUCUUCCUCAAAGAUAAGAUGCAGCACAAGAUGGAAAACCACCGCAGCUUUAGACGCCCCACUCAGCUGGAGGGACUGCCCCCGGGGUCAAAGGUGACCAUCAGGACGUACGGGAAGAUGCGGCCUGGGACGACAUCGUCGGGAGCCAGAAUGCUGCAGAGCCCCUCUCCCCUCAUCCAGCCAAUCAACAUCAAGACGGAGCACCAGAAGUCUCUGAGCCAGAGGAGUCCGCCGUCCUCCUCCAAAGGUCCCCGAUCACCGGCCAAGAGAACGAUAAGCCGCCGCAUCAGCGUCAACAGGAGUUUAUCCUGUGAGGAAGAGCGCCUCCUGUGUCUGGAGUGUGGAACUGAUGCGUCGGACUUCUCCGCCCACUACCCGACCCACGUCCACUGUCUGCUGUGUCCCUACAGCAGCUGCUGCUCCAGAGCCUACGCUGCUCACAUGAUCCAUCACCAUGUGCCAAAAUCCAAAGAUGGAGUUCUUCCUCUGCACAGACGGCCUCCUCCAUGCAUGUUCGUGCUGCACUGCUCGUACUGCGGCUUUACGCCUCAAUCUGCUGACCACAUGGCCGAACACCUGCUGAGAAACCCAGCGCACCACAGCGCCUUCUGUCGGCGCCGCGCCUUCCUUGACUCCGACAUCCACCUCAGUGAUGGUGAGGAGCAGCAUCCUUCAGAAGAGACGGAACCAAUCAGCAGCCAGGACUUACCCGAGCCAUCGUGGCGGUCGGCUGAUAACUGGAAGCAUCUGUCAGACGAGGAUGAAGAUGAACGUUCAAAGUUUGCCGUCCUGCCGUUCACGGAGCGCAGCGGACCUCGACACAACCUCUCCAGGAACAGCGACGCCAUCGACUUCUUCAGCCUGCUCUUCCCCCCCACGCUCUUCGACCUCAUAACCAAAGAGACCAACGCCCACGCCAAGAUCUGCCGCUACCUGGGCUGCGGUAAAGCUGACUGGGUUCCCGUCUCCAUCCAUGAGAUCAAAGGUUUCCUGGGCCUGGUCAUCCUGAUGGGCAUCCAGACGCUCCCUGACCUGUCGCACUACUGGUCCUGGAAUCACUACGACAACAGCUACACCUUCUACCGCACCAUGACCUUCAAACGCUUCAAGCAGAUCGCCAGCAACAUCCGCAUGGGCAGUUUCACCACUGACGAGUACCGAGGCUCCACCCAGCCCGCCGACCCUCUGCACAUCUUCAGACCCAUGCUGGAUAUUGUGGGCGGAGCCAUGUGGAAUACAUAUAAAGCCAACUGCUGCCUGACCAUCGACCGCGCUCUGCUGCCCACCCUGGAGGACGAGAGCUGCAGCCAGGCGCCGCCGCAGGUCUGGCUUCUCUGUGACUCCAAGUCAGGCUACUGCCACCGCCUCUUCAUCCAGGGGGGCGGCCAGGGGGGCCGGGAGCCAGGCUUCACCGUGGUCCCUGAGCUGGUGAGGGGACUAGAGGACAAACACCACCAGCUCUACCUGGCAAACUCACUGGCCUCUGUCCCGCUCAUGCAGAAGCUUCUGGACCAGGGCAUCUACGCCUCCAGCUCUUUUCCCCCGCCCAACCCCAUCCUCCCCCGAGCGCUGUGGAACGACGGCGAGCUGGAGAAAGCUGGAGACUUUCUGCAGAGACAGUGCGGUCCUCUACUGGCCACACGCUGGAGAGACACCAAAGAGAUGGGCUGUCUGUCGACCAACGCCAUCCCAGGGGAGGCAGACACGGUGUGGAGGCGAUCGCAGACCAAAGUGGGCGGUCUCGACCCCAUCGACCGGCCCAUGGCCUUCCGCCUGCUGCAGGAGAACAUGCGAGGAGUCGACAUCUGCAAACAGCUGCUGGCCUGCAACCCGCUGGGAGGAAUCCCCCAGGACCAGCACUGGCGCAGCCUCUUCUGGUUUCUGGUCAACCUGUGCGUCGUCAACGCCUUCAUCGUGCUUCGUGAGAGCCGCAAGGAGAACCCCCCAUCAUGGGUGCAGGACGGCCUCUUUACUCAAGUCAAUUUCCGCAAACGUCUGGGCAGCCAGCUCACCAAGUGUGCUCAGAAAUACUUUGAAACCACAGAGACAGCCAGCAACCGCCCCGCCAAGACGGAGACAGUAGAGGACUCUGUUAAACAGAGGCACCGGAUGGCCAAGGUCAGCAACAUCUCCAAGAGGUGCAAGAACUGUAACCUGAAGAACAUCCGCCACGAGAGCGUGUAUGGCUGCAUCGUCUGCAAGGCCAACCUGUGCAAACAGCCCAGCUGCUUCUGGGAGUUUCAUGGCCUCUCGCCUCAGAACAAAGGAUCGACUAAAGUUGGCUUUAUUAAGGACAGCGUGAGUGGUGCCAUUGAGCAGAUAGAGCCUCCACAAGGCGAUGGGGACCCGAUGGCUCCGGUGGAGGACCUUGACUUCUCUGACAGCGAGCACAUGGACGACCUAGAUGACAUGGAUCCAGACGACGAGGAUGUCAACGACGAGUUCGAUAAAGAAGACAAAUGUGCAACGUCUGCUCUGAUGUCAGCAGCAAACGGCGACAUUCAGCCCGCCGCCGUGAUGUCUGCCUCUAAAGAGAGGGACGACUUCCUCACCGCCCGCCAGCUGAGGAUCGCUUUGGCCGCUCUGUGUGACGGACUCCGCCAGACGUCCAGGGUGUUUUCAACAGAGCCUGAGCUGAUCCGCUCGUGGCUGAAGGAGGCCAGGUGGCGCUGGAGGCGGACAGGGCAGGAACAGAUGACUCAUGAGGGCGGGGAGGAGCGUAUGGUGGCCUGGGUGAUGUCCACGCGUGAGCAGCAGCUUCCAAUCACGGAGAGUAACCUGUUCCAAAAAGCGUCGGCGCUGAAGAGGAAGGGCGCGUUCAUGGACUCUUUCCGUAUCUCGUAUGACUGGGCGGUCAGCUUCAUGCUGCACCAUCGACUAGGCGUUCACAGCAUCGGCAGAGCGCCGUCUCUAGCCGGCUCUCUUCCGCCCUCUCUGCUAGCUAAGAUGAAGACGUUCACGGAUUUUACCCAAAAGGUUUUUACAGCCAAUCAUCUGUCGGAGCAGACCGUAGCUGCGAUGGACGAACUGUCCAUCUUUUUGGACCUGAGGCUAGUUCAGGAUAAGUCGUACCGCUCAGACGCCGUGGAGCUCACUGGAACAGUCCCUCUCUUCACCGUCUACAUUAGCGUGUUAGCUGACGGGACCAUGCUACCAUCUCUGCUGCUAGCUAACCGUGAACUUGACGCCGCACAGCUGCCGGCCUUCAUCGUGCUGGAGGACGGAGCGGAGAAUCUGGCGGUUGAAGAUGCUCUGGACAUCUGGGCCAAGAAGAUCUGGCUGCAGUAUGUGUCUGCCCUUGGGGAGCAGACUAAAUCCAUGCUGGUUAUGGACCGCCACCGGGAGCACCUUGGAGACUCCUUCCUGUCCUCCAUCAGUGGAUCGGGAACGCUCCCCGCCGUGAUCCCAGCAGGUGGCUCGCUCCGUCUGCAGCCUCUGGAAGUCUGCAUGAAGCCCGUCCUGCAGAGGUUCCUCCUGGCACGCUGGACCAAGUUCACCAAGGGAAACCCAGUGGAGCUGGAGGAAACGUCACCGCAGGUGCUCCAAGUUUACGUUGCCCAGAAGCUGCUGGACUGGCUGGUGGAAGGUCUGACACGCCUGAGGAAACUCCCAGAGCUGUGGAGGAGGUCCUUCCAGCUGACGGGGGUUCUCCCUGAGAGGAAGAAGGGAGGCAAAGAGGACAAGACGAAUGGUCAAAAACCAGAGGAGGUCCAGACGGAGCUCCUUAAGACACUGACUGAGACUCUGCUGGGGGCCAAAGCCUGGGAGGAAGGGUCUCCUGAAGUUCUCGAGCUGGAGGAUGAGGAGGAAGAAGAGGAGGACGUAAGAGACGUGCAAGAGAAAGAAGACGAAAAGAAGAAGAGGGACAACAAGGAGACAGAAGAGAGGAGAGAGGAAAUAAAGGAUGAAAAUGAAAACUCUAAGGAUGAAGGAAAGGAGGCAAGGACAGAAGGAGAUAAGGAGAUGAACAAGGUAAGGACAGAAGAGAACAAGGAGGCAAAGUCAGAAGAGCUGAAGGAGACAAAGGAAGCAAGGACAGAAGGAGACAAGGAGACGAACGAGGCAAGGAAAAAAGAGGACAAGGAGGCAAAGUCAAAAGAACUGGAGACAACGGAAGCAAGGACAGAAGGAGUCAAGGAGAUGAGGGAAGCAAGGACAAAAGAAGACAGGACAAAGGAAGCAAAUACAGAAGAAGACAAAACAAAGGAGGCAAGAACAGAAGAUGAGGAGACAGCGGAAGCAAGGACAGAAGAAGACAAGGAGCAAGAGGAGGACAGUGAGGAAGAAGUAAAGGAGACAAGGGAGGCAUGGAAGGAGAUGAACAAGGAGAGACGGGAGACGAGAAUCGUAAUCGGGGAGGAGGUCGGAGAUGAGUGGAAGAUAAAGAGCAGGACUGAAGGCGGGGAGGUGGAUGACGAGGACAGGAUGGACGAGAGCUGAACAGACGUUUAGACACGCCCUAGACUGACGCCCUGAAGGGACGUUUGAUUCAUAGAUAUCAGUAAUUUUUUAACAUUAAUGAGUUUGGGGAUGGACCAGACAUGAACCUGGAUUACCGUCUGCUUUAACAUCUGUGCUCAGUGAUCAGAUACCAAGUGGCAUCUCUGUAGUCCGUGCGUCCAUACUCUAAUAAACCUGAUAUCUGAUAUGAGAACCCUCUGUCCCUCCUCUGGUUCUCACUCAGCCCAUCCACCAUCUCUGUGGUUCUCCUGUGGCUAGGUAUCCCAACAUGCUGUUAAGAAUGAAUGAGGGUGAAUUUAUCACCAGCUCAGAGGCUAGCAGCGACUCUUUAACAGCUUUUCCCCCCCUCAUGUUUCCAUAAUCACACUUUUCAAACCCCACUGAUACACUAUAUAGACAAUACAUCUAGUAGUCACACUGAAAUGGAAUGUUUUAACAGCUUUGAUGACGUCAUGUUUCUAAAGCAAACAGACAUGAAAGGCGGGGAGUGGAAUGUUGGUGAAGCUGGGGAUGUUGGAGAUUUUUCCCCCCUCCAUUUUUCACCAAACAGUAGGCCAUAGUUGGAAACUUCUGGAAAAGUGUGUAGAACUGGCAGCAGCUCUACACACUUUUCUGAAAGUUGCCAACAAAGGACAGUCAACAUAAGGACACAACUUUAGGAAUGACAACCAGGGGCCUGGAUUGGCCUGUAUGCAAAGGCAAGGAUGGAAUGUUCCAGAAGCUUUGAUGACGUCAUCUUUCUAAAGUCUAUUAAAGGUUUUAAAACAUGACAUCAUCAAAGGCAGAGAACGGAAUACUUAAUGAAGUUUAAAACAUGACAUCAUUAAAGGCAAAGGAUGGAAUGUGUUAUAGACUUUGAAGGAUGACAUCAUCAAAGGCAGAGAAUGGGAUACUUAGCGAGGAAACCCUCGCCAGUUCCACCCACUUUCGUAAAGGUUGCCAACAAAGGCCAGGUAUUUCCACACUAAACGUUUAGAAGUACCACUUGGUUUCUGAUGCCCUGAACUGGUGUUAAUGUGAGGUGUAAACAGGGUCAAAAACCCACCAAACCAGUCCCUCCAUUUACAAACACACCGGUGCAGAGGAUAUGAUCCAGUUGAUGUUAAAGGGACUGUAGAAGCUUGUUCCGAGGUUAAUCAUGUGACCGCUGCAUGGUUAAAGGAGCUGCAUCACAUGAGGUUGGACUGUGAGCGUGACCAGGAAUGACGCGUUUGGACGUUAAAAAAACCUUUUUGUACAAAAAUAAUCCGCCAAUUUAUGGACAUCAUGUUUCUGUUGGUGUUUGACUUAGCAGCAUUUUUAUAUAUUUAAAGGGGUGUGUUCUGUUUCUCACUUUUCCAGCCUUUAAGUUGGGUAAAGGUCAGAGUUCAUCUCUACAUUCAGACCAGCCAAUCAGCUUUAACUCCUCUCCAGGAGCUCUGACUCAGAUUCAAACUUUACACACCGAGUUCCUGUGAUGUUACAUCAGGAUAGGGGGCUAAGACGCUCUGACGGGCUGUCCUGGUAGGUUCCAGAUGAAAACGCUGAGAUUCUGAUAAAUGUUUUUGUUUUAUUGGAUGGAACAUGAAGAUGAUGGCAGAGAGAAAUCGUGUUUGGUAACCAACUAGCUACCAUCAGAGUGAAGCUUAUGGAGACAUUAUUGUUACAAAACUCGAGAGCACAUUUGAACAGUUAGAGAUCAUGACUUAUUGAUUCCGGUCUCAGAUUUAUCUUCUAACCUGCCUUUAUUCUCUAAACUGCCUCCUUGUUCUUAGAUUAUAAUGUUUGUGCUCUAAAUGUCUGUGUGAUCAAAUUUCAGUCUUUUCCUCUCAUUCAGGCGGAUCCUGCUGGAAAAUGACACUGAUUUUUUGUACGAAACUUUCUCUGUGAUCUAAACAUCUCUGCUCUUGUAUUUUCUCUGAACCAGCCAAUAAGAAGCGCAGAGUAUGGACCAAUCACGUUAGCUCUGCCUGUUGUUGCUGUGCUGUUCUCCUUUGAUCUCACUGAGAGAGUCCCAACAUUCUAUCUCACACACACACACACACACACACACACACACACAGUAAAUGUCAGUGUCAAACUUUAAGAGUAAUAAUUGAACGUGUCAAAGAUAGUAGAGAAGUGGAUCCAGCAUAAACAGCUGAAUAAUUAUUCUACCAUUUAAAGUCUGAAGGAGGGACUGAGGUGGACUUAUAGGGCUUCAGAUGUCAUGUGUGUGUGUGUGACCCACUUUUGGGCCUCAGCCCCCCUGUUGAGAACCACUGAACAUAGUAAAUGAUGCUGUUGAGCUAAAGACGUCUUGGUGCUUGAAAUCCUUGAAAAUGCUCGAGUUUGGACGUUGUGUUCUCAUGUUUUUCUUGGGUUUUGAAAAACAGUUGUUGUGGGAUGGGAAAACUGGGGCUGUGGGAAUAAAAUAAGGCAGAAGCAUCUAGAACACGACGCCACACUGUCCAAGGACUGAAGGUGAACCGUUAGAGUGCUGUAAUUUAACCCUGGAAAGGAGAGUAAACCCCGCUAGUUAAGACCAGUUUCCUGUUUAUGAGCUGCUGAAGACUCCUGGAUGCUGAUUGGCUGCUCUUGAGUUAGGACGGUCAUGUGACCAGAACCUGGACCUAUGAGAGGAUGAUGAAUGUUGGAGAGACUUCCUGGGGUUUGUUUGUUUUUUUACCUUCUUAGAUUUUUUUUUUUAUUUGUCAGUCAGAUAAACUCUGGUUUCUGAUUGGAUGUCAGUCAGAUAAACUCUGGUUUCUGAUUGGACGUCAGUCAGAUAAACUCUGGUUUCUGAUUGGACGUCAGUCAGAUAAACUCUGGUUUCUGAUUGGACACCAGUCAGAUAAACUCUGGUUUCUGAUUGGACGUCAGUCAGAUAAACUCUGGUUUCUGAUUGGACACCAGUCAGAUAAACUCUGGUUUCUGAUUGGACACCAGUCAGAUAAACUCUGGUUUCUGAUUGGACGAUUCUUUGGUGCUGAUGUAAAGAAACUUCAAAGCUGUCAAUCAUGGAAAAAAAUAAAGUUCUGACAUUUUGGA